CUCACUGUCAGGUCAGGAUAUUCUUAUAUCGUCGUCGGCAGAAGGCAGAAGCAUUCACAACUAAUUGUAAGACCUAUCAGCGAAGGAUUUGCUUGCGCAUUUUGUGUUGCUUGGGAACCAAUCGGAACGAUACCUUAUUUAUCCGAUCUCUUAAUUGGUGACAAGGAAAAAAUGUCGUUGCAUAUUACAAACCCACACAACGUAGACUUUAACGAGUCUGCAGUAAAAGAUGUUGACUUCAAUGCGACUGCUGUGUCAUGGUACACCUCGAGAGACGCUGUGAGAGGCGAAAUAGGAUUCUGCGGACAGGAUGAGUCAGCUAUCAAGUACUUGCACAUGCCUGCAUCGACAAGAGUGAAUUUCAACUUGAAUAGAACCCAUCCAGGAGACAAACUGCAAAUUGAAAAAUAUGCCGACAACAAAGAUAUCAGUGACCUGUUAUCUUGGGUGCAAGAAAUUGGAUUUGAGGAGGACAGCUUUACAAAGGCAGACUUUGUGUGCUCUCGCCAUGAUUUACUGGACCUGUUGUUGAUGCCUUUCUCUGAUCAAAGAUUCAACAAGAGCGUGAAACUGUACUUGACGAAAGUGAAUGGGAAGAUCUACAUCCGCAGAAUGGCUUCAAAACAAGACAAGGAUCAUAUUGUGCACAUGGACGACUUUUCAAAGCAGAGAACUACCCAUGGAUUAAUUUUCCAGCAUUAUAUGAUUUCUGACUCGGCAAACAAGGCGCCUGUUCCUGAUAAACCAUUUGUCCGAGGGGACAAGACGAUGUACGUCGUUUUCGAAAGCAGUGUGGGAAAGCACCAGCUGCUCUACGCAUCCAAGGUCAAGGCCUUGGACAAUCCUGAGGACUUGUUGAAUUUGGACGGUGCCUCAUUCACAGAUGUCAGGACCAACAUGGGCAAUUCGUCUGCCGACAUCAGAUGGAGGAAAUGGCUUGAGUUUUGGGGAAACUGCAUGACUGGCAAAUUGGACAAGAUCGCGAUUGGCUUUGUCGGAAAGGGGCGCGCCAUUGGCACGGUCAAAAACCUGGAGGUCAUUCAAGCAGACAAGUUGAUCCCCAAAUGCGAGACUGCAUACAAAAAAGACCGAUAUAAAACCUCAGAUGUCAUGCCCAAGGGGGAAUAUUGUUUGGAUGUGCUCGACAAAGUGUUGUCUUUCUUCAAGAGUGAAUUGGAGGGCGCCAAGCCAGACGAAGUGUACGAGUUUGAGUACACUCCCGCUGAUUCCGAGUUGGCAAACAUCAAACUUCUUGGCAGUUCCAAUUACGACUCCAUUUUUGUAAUCCCCAAAUGGUACAAAGAGUGGCUGGACCGCCAGGCCUAGUUCUCGAGCGGCUUUGAGCAGAGAGAUUUUAUAUAAUAUAUAUAUAUAUAUAGAUGGUUUUUAUGAUUAAAAUUUCAUUUAUCUGAUCUGUUGUUUUGAAGUCAAUUGUAACACAAGUUCAACUGAAAUGUUUGUAUGAACAUGUAAAGGUUAGGAUUUGACAGGCCAUGGGAGUGGCAAAGAAUGUCCUAGAUGGAUAAAAUAUUUUGCAUUGUAAAUGACUAUGAAGCUUUGAUAGCUUGAUUUAUAUCUACUUAAUUAUAGUUUUCAAAACGUUUGAUAGAUAGUAUUUUGUGAAUAUUUUAUCAGAAUGAAAUUUUUAUAUAUCGUUUUUUGUGAGUAUAUAUGAUGCUACUUGAACUGCAAUUGGAGAUAUAAUUUGCCACCAAAAAUUGGUUUGAAUAUUUAUAACCAAACUUGUCGCACGUUAUUUUAUUUUAAUUAAAAUCUCAUCACGUUCCUCAUCCAUAUGCGUGUAUGUAGUGUUAAAAGAGUUGAAAAUUAAAUCCAAAUAUCAUUGCAAAUA